AGAAGAGGCUUAGCUAGGCACAGCCCCCCAUCCCUGUAAAAGGAAAUAUUGACCCAUGACCGGCAUCCUGUCCACUGCUUCCAAAUUUAGAUUAGAGGAUAGCCUCCCUUCCUGGCUGUCGUCUGUCCCUGUCAGAAGUGUGUCCUAGGCUGCUGCCUGGUAACAGAAUGUGUACAGUUGGCUGCCCAGGCAACCGUGACUCGGUCAACCUCGGGCUUCUAGGAGUUCCAGACUGGGCCGUUCCUCAGCUUGUGCUAAGGUGGCUGGAGACACCUGUGGGAGAAUGGCAGUGGCCUGGGAGGAGUAUUUCCGGCUGGCCUUCAAAGAGAAACUGCAUCCGAAGCCACUGGCGGAUGACAGUUCGGCCUUGCAGCUUAUAUUGGAGAAGAAGCAAGAGGUAGCAGUCACAGACCAGGGUCUGCAGGCCCAGAGGAAGGAAUUCCGCAGCACGAUGGAGUCCGUGAACCAGCGCUGGAUAGAGCUGGCGCAGAAAGGGCAGGCGCUAAAGGGGUCCGCCAUCUACUUUGACAAACUCCGUAAGGAAGCUGAGGCCCGGAGUGAGGUGUGGAAAGCCAUACAGGAGCGGCACAGAAUGCACAACCUGGAGGCAGAUGUGCUGCGGCUGCGUGCACAGUUGAAGGAGCUACAGCUGCAACGUGAGCGGCUGCAGCGGAGAGUGCAGCGCCUGGAGCCCUGCGCGCAGAUACUGGAGGGCGUGCGGAAGCAACUGCCCCAGUUUCAGGAGGUUUUGGACAUGGUGGCGCGCUUCCAGGUCCUGGUAGACACGAAGGCGGUCCUGAAGUUGGCAGAGACCGAUCGACAUGUAGAGGUGGAGGCGACCCGUGCGCGGCUGCUCCGUCUGAGGGAAGCGAAGCAGGUUGAACUGCUGCGUCUGAACCAGGAACGCAUACGACUGUGCGAGCAGUUGGAGGCGGCACGCGAGCUCACACAGCAGAGGGAAUCCAAGUGGACUGAAAUUCAGAACAAGGCAUCGGAAAAGUCGCUGCUCCUAGGACGCACUAGGAUGGCUGUGCUCAACCUGUACCAGCUUGUUUGCAUGAAACAGGGGCAGAAGCAAAUCCUGGACAUGGAGGACAUAGAGGGGCAGCUGGAGGAGGUGAAGCAGUUUAUCAUGAGUGUCUCAGCCAUACUGGCCAGCUUUGACCAACCUAAGGCUAAACCCACAGAGACUGCCUCCUAAACCGACUAGGCGAACAGUGAAGGGAACCCGAGGAACCAAGUCCCACGUUUCUUGGUGUGCAGGCUUAACACAACUGCUCUCUGAAUCUCCUUUCUCCUGGCAAGAUGGAGCCAUGGCAGCUCACGCCAUUGUGAGCCUUCCACAGGACACUCAGUAUGAACUCAGUUAAGUAGACAAUGGGGUGGGCAGCUGUGCUGCUCGCUCCACCCACCACACAGGCUGGGGACGGGCCUCUCCCAGCUGGCUGGGGGCAUUGGACAAGCUCAGACAGGGCUGGUGCAUGCCAAGACGGGCCCUUGCUGUGCACAGUGUCUGAGGUGAUUAUCAGCACCAUCUGCUUUUUGGUCUGCACUGGGGUCCAGCUGCUGGAGGAUGCUUGCCACCCUCCACCCCCAAUCAAGAGGUGAGGAAAGCCACCAGCAGGAUGGCGCACCCGAGGAUGGCACAGGCUGGUUCUCUCUUCCAUGUGCAAGAGGGCAAAGCCACCCACAGCCUUCCUCUGCCCUGCAGUGGUGCUGAGCCGCCAUGGGCAAGUGGAUCCAGCCACUCAUUUUCUUCAUUCGGCGGCCAGGAGCGACACACAGGCAUGGCCACUUGCUCUCAGCCUCAGCUGAGACACCUUCCAGUAUCCUAAGCAAGCUACACUCCUGGUCUACUAGAGGCAGUAAAGUUUACUCAUUAAAACUCAAUACUGAGUCGGAGGCAUCCAUAUGGCCCCAAUCUCUGAACCCUGAAUGCAUAGAAAUGGAAGCAGCUAGCUGACUUGCAGGCUCAGGACUUGGUCGGCCUGCUUUCCAUAGCUAGACGCCUAUGCAUCCUCCUCUAAGAGUCCACCCAGUGUCCCAGUCAAAAGCAGUUGUUGCUUUCUGUGGCCAUGUGGCACUGCUCCUCAUAGACACUGGCUCCUCUGUGGAAGGAUCUGCCAACAGCACAUGGAAACAUGUCCCUGAUGUCCGCACCAGGGCUACUAGGAAGCCCCAGGGCUGAGUCUGGCUCUUUACAUCCUUUUCCUCAUCUUGCCCUUCCUGGUGGGAGCACCCCGGCCAAAGGCGCUCUGGCGCAACUCCUGGGCUCGGCGGCGGUUGCGUGCUGAAAGCUGCUUCAGGCCCCCUCGCUGCAGGAAGCGCUGCUUCUGGGCUUGACGGCGCUGCUUGAGGAUCUGUUCCUUGGUCUUGAGUUCGGAGCGCAUGUGGCCUGUGGGUACACUGGAAGCUCGGGACUGGGACGCACCUGUCAACACAGGGAUUUGGGGGGAGCUUAGCCUUCGCCCCACGUUCAUCUCUGCACCUCACCGAGCCUGGCUUUCUCCCUAUUCACACCAUACCACCUGCCCUGCCCACCUUGACUACGACCUCGCUUUCCACCUCUGUGGGGCCCAGGGCCUCGCCGGUUGGAUGGUCCUUCUUCCUCGGAGUCCCGGUCAUCAAUUUUCUGCUUCUGCUUCCACUUCUGGUAGCUGAGAGUCUCGUUAAGGAAUUAACAAGUAGCACCCGAGUUGGGGGAAGGCCCCUUCUUAGGGGGAUGCUAAGGAAGCCACUCGGGCCCAACCCCAAGUGCAGUCCCUCCUAUAGGGACAGCAGCUGGAUGCUUAGCCCCGCCCCCACACACAGCCUCUCCUAUAGGAGCAGCAGCUGCACGCCCGGCCCCGCCCCCAGACACACCCCUCCUAUAGGAGCAGUAGUAGGAAGCAGCCUGGCCCUGCCCCUCAGCAGCCCCGCCUCUCAGGAUACAGGUCGCGCUUGUAAGAGCUGCUGAUAAACCGGCCACUCUCUGUCU